CACUGGCGCACCCAACUCGUGAUAGACGGAGCGGUGGCAAGGGCGCAGCUGCACGGAGGAAGAGGCCCCCGCAGGGGAGCCGCGAGCGCCCCAGCGUGCCCAGCCUUGUCGGAUGCAGCCCGCGCGCAGGCUCCAGCGCAGGUGCGGCCAGCGGAGACCAAGAACCGCGUGGGACAACCCCAGUGCGGGGCGGGGGGAAACACACGCCAGCCGCCCCCUGGUCAGGAGCUGGGGCCUGCAGCGGAGCCUCACCCAGCCUCGUGCCCCGGGUCCCGCGGCAUGGCAGCACCUCUCCGGGUCAGUCCGCUUCUCUCCGCGGCUCCUCCGCAGACACCGCGCGGGGAAGGAGGGGCGGAGACCCGGCCGGCGCGCGUCUGGGGAUCCCAACGCCGGAGCGGCUGCAGCGCCUCCGUCGCUGUCUCCCCGCCCCACGGUUCCGAGGAAGGACCGUUACUAGCCCCCACCCCGGGGGCUGGAGCGCGGACUCCCCGCAGGGAAAGGGGCGCCGCGUUCCCGACCCCAAAACGGGCUGCGCUUGCGCGACUCCACUAGAGCCCCUCAGGUGCCCCCGCGGGCGGGAAGAGAGCGGCCGCUCCCCUCCCGGUCCAGCUGGGACGCUAGGAAAGCGUCAGACUCGGUCUGUCACGGGAGCCGGCGCGUGGCGUGGCGUGGGUGAGCUGGGCUCGGCGGCGAGGGACUCUUUUCGCGCCUGGAGAGGCAGGAAGAGGGCGCGGGCGGAGCAUCCUCGGGCGGGGAUGCCGUGAAAACAUCAGCCACCGCAGCGGCAGACCAGUUUGGCGUUGUUUGCACGGAGUGGAUUUUCAGUGAUGUGCGGUCUUGCCUGAGAGAAGAAAUGUCCCCCCAGGAGCUCAGCCGGCGACUGGCCGCAGUGACCACGCAUGUCGAUGAAAUUCUGCAGCAGGAGGUCAGGCCCUUGAUGGCGGUGGAGAUAAUAGAACAGCUUCACAGACAAUUUGCCAUUCUUUCAGGAGGCCGAGGGGAGGAUGGCGCCCCCAUCAUCACGUUCCCAGAGUUUUUGGGGUUCAAACACAUCCCAGAUGAAGACUUCCUGAAUGUCAUGACCUACCUGACCAGCAUCCCCAGUGUGGAAGCUGCCAGCAUUGGAUUCGUUGUUAUCAUCGACAGACGAAGAGACACGUGGAGCUCCGUAAAGGCGUCCUUGACACGAAUAGCUGUGGCAUUUCCAGGAAACUUACAGCUCAUAUUCAUCCUUCGUCCAUCUCGCUUUAUCCAGAGGACAUUCACUGAUAUUGGCAUUAAAUACUAUCGAAACGAAUUUAAAACAAAAGUGCCGAUCAUCUUGUUAAACUCGGUCUCUGACCUUCAUGGCUACAUCGACAAAAGCCAACUGACCCAGGAAUUAGGGGGGACUUUGGAAUAUCGCCACAGUCAGUGGGUAAAUCACCGCACUGCCAUUGAAAACUUUGCCUUGACCUUGAAGACCACUGUCCAGAUGCUGCAGACGCUUGGGGCCUCCCUGGCCACAACAGAGCUGCCCAGAAGCAUGCUGUCCACGGAAGACCUUCUCAUGUCCCACACGAGGCAGCGGGACAAGCUGCAGGAUGAGCUGAAAUUACUUGGGAAGCAGGGGGCCACACUGCUGUCAUGCAUCCAAGAACCAGCUACCAAAUAUCCCAACAGCAAACUCAAUCUCAAUCAACUUGAGAAUGUAGCUGCCAUGGAAAGGUUACUAGUUCAACUGGAUGAAACAGAAAAAGCCUUCAGUCAGUUUUGGUCUGAGCAUCAUCUGAAGCUCACCCAGUGCCUGCAGCUGCAGCAUUUUGAGCGCGACUUCUGUAAGGCUAAGCUUGCCCUGGAUAAUUUGCUGGAAGAGCAAGCAGAGUUUACAGGCAUUGGAGACAGCGUGAUGCACGUGGAGCAACUUCUUAAGGAACACAGAAAACUGGAGGAGAAAAGCCAGGAGCCCCUGGAAAAGGCACAGCUGCUGGCACUGGUUGGGGACCAGCUCAUCCAAAGCCACCAUGAUGCAGCAGAUGCCAUCAGGCCCCAGUGCGUGGAGCUCAGGCACCUCUGUGACGAUUUCAUCAAUGAAAACAAGAAGAAACGGGACGUUUUUGGAAAGUCCUUGGAAUUGCACAGACAGCUGGACAAGGUCAGUCAAUGGUGUGAGGCAGGAAUCUACCUCUUGGCUUCCCAAGCUGUAGACAAGUGCCAGUCUCGAGAGGGGGUUGACAGCGCCUUGAACGACAUUGCGACAUUCCUGGACACAGCCAAGGAGGACCCGUUGCUCAGCCCCAAGGAGUUUUACGACGAGUUUGAGUUGCUACUCACCCUCGAUGCAAAGGCCAAAGCCCAGCAAGUCCUGCAGAGGCUGGGCGAUGUGCAGGAAGUAUUUCACAAGAGGCAAAUGAGUCUGAUGAAACUGGCAGCCAAACAGACUCGUCCAGUGCAACCUGUGGCCCCACAUCCCGAGUCCUCACCAAAAUGGGUGUCAUCAAAAACCAGCCGGCCCCCCACCUCGGUCCCUCUAGCUCCUCCCCUGAGAACGUCUGAGGAACCUCAUACCGAGACAGAGUUGAACUCCUUGGGAAAGGAAGACCAUGAGACUAACUCUGAAGUCAAGAAUGAAGAAGUCUUUGAAAGCCAUCAUGAGAGAGGGAAACCUCAGCUGGAGCAGCCGGCCAGGCUCGGAGACCUUUCCCCCUGCAGGCGCAUUAUAUGUGACUUGCUGGAGACGGAAGAGAUUUAUAUAAAAGAGAUUAAAAGCAUAAUUGAUGGAUACAUCACUCCAAUGGAUUUUAUUUGGCUAAAGCAUCUAAUUCCAGACGCCCUUCAGAAUAACAAGGACCUUCUCUUUGGGAAUAUUAGAGAACUUUACGAAUUUCACAGCAGGACUUUUCUCAAAGAGUUGGAAAAGUGUGCUGAGAACCCUGAACUUCUGGCACAGUGCUUUCUCAAGAGAAGAGAAGAUCUUCAGAUAUAUUUUAAAUACCACAAGAAUCUGCCCCGAGCCAGGGCAAUCUGGCAAGAGUGUCAAGACUGCGCCUACUUUGGGGUAUGCCAGCGCCAACUGGAUCACAAGCUCCCUCUUUUUAAGUAUCUUAGAGGACCAAGCCAGAGGCUUCUAAAAUACCGGAUGCUGUUGAAGGGUCUGCUGGAUUUCAAGUCUCCUGAAGAUACAGAGAUAGACCCAAGUGAACUAGGAAGCUCGUCUAAGGAUGGACCAAAGAAAACCAAGGAUUCAGCAUUCUCAACUGGACUACAGCAAGCUGUGGCAGUGAUAGAGGAUUUGAUCCAGUCCUGUGAGUUGGCUGUGGACCUAGCAGCAGUGACUGAAUAUCCGGAUGAUAUUGGAAAACUAGGUGAGCUGUUGCUGCACGGCCCUUUCAGCGUCUGGACAAUUCACAAGGACCGUUAUAAAAUGAAGGACUUGAUUCGAUUUAAGCCCAGUCAGAGGCAAGUCUACCUAUUUGAAAAGGGAAUCGUGUUCUGUAAGAUCCGAAUAGAGCCCGGGGACCAGGGACCGUCUCCUCAUUACAGCUUCAAGAAGUCCCUGAAGCUGAUGUCACUUUCAAUUCACCAGCUUGGAAGGGGGAGCCAUAGAAAGUUUGAGCUUGCCAACCGAAAUGGACUUGAGAAAUACAUCCUGCAGGCAGCUUCAAAAGAAAUCAGAGACUGUUGGUUUUCUGAAAUAAGUAAAUUAUUGAUGGAACAACAAAAUGAAGUUAAAGACCAAGGAAAUCCACAGUUUGAAAUGAGCACUGGCAAAGGCAGUGAAGUGGGCUGCGGACCAUGGAUUGAAGAUAUGGAAAGGGCUGCCACCAGCAAGGAAGACCCAGCCUCCAGCACAGGAGGGGUUGAAGGCUGCUCCAGCGGCGCUUUUAGCUCCAUGGACACCUUUGAAGGCUGUGAAGGUGCAGAAGGCAUGGAAAAGGAGAGCAGCGCUCUAAGCCUCGCCGGCCUUUUCCAGUCGGACGACAGGCAAGAAACCUGUUCCUCCAAAUCCGCUUUCCUGGAGAGGGGAGAAAGCACCCGGGGAGAAACGAGAGCGCGGUGCGGAGAAGCGUGAGUGUGAGCGAGGCCGGCCGAGCGCCUCCGCGGGCCACAGCGUCUCGGACUUUCUUCUGGGAAUUGCAGGGCGGCCGGCGGCACCGAGGAGGAGAGCUCUGCGGCGUCCAGGGGCCGGCUGGCGCCUGCGACCUCCGCCCGGGAGAGGAAUGCCCGGAGCCGCCUCCCGAGAGCCCGAGGGGUGCCCUGGCUGCGCACCCAGCUCCGCGCCCACCGCCCCCUCGCGCUCUGACACCGGGGCCGGGCAGUUCUUGGCUGUGGGGGCUUCUCUGCGCCCCACCUGGAGGAUGUUUAGCAGCGUCCCCGGCCUCUAUCCAGCAGGUGCCGGGAAUGCGCCACCCCGUCCUCCACCGCACCCUCCCGCCCAAAAUGUGACAAUCAAAAAUCCCUUCAGACGAGCCCCGUUUCUCUAGGGCAGGUGGGGCUCGGUUGAGAACCGUUUAGCCCGAGCCCUGGAGCAGCCGCAGCCGCUCAGUCCGGGCCCUCCCGGAAUCCCCGCCGGUGCUCGUGGGCUGUUCGCGUUUGUUCCAAGACUGCUUCGUUGCAGAGAGAGUUGGUUCCACGUUACUUUCUGAGCUAAUUAUGUACCAAUUUAUUUGUUUCUAAAUGAGUUUUGUUAUUUUCUGUUGUAUUUUGUUUUUGCUUUUCUUAGUUAAUUUUCAUUUACUUGUAGCUUUCUGGUUAUUUAAUUGUAUAGUUUCCGUUACUGGUUUAUAGUUACUUUAUUUUCAAAGUUAUUUAGUUUUUGAGUUGUUCAUUUUCAGUUAUUUGUGUGUAGUUAUUUUGUUUUAGGAGUUACAGACGUUCAAAUUAAUUUGCUUGGAAUUUAUUUAUAUUUAUCUUUACAAUUAUUAUCCGAGUUAUUUACCUUCAUGGUUAUUUCCCUUUAACUUAUUGGAGUUUUUGAGGUAUUUAUUUUUACGGUAACUUAUUUGACUAUUAUAAACUCACUGGA